AUGAAGUUCACCCUCCUCUCCACCGCCGUCGCCCUCUUGACCAGCACCGCCGUCGCCCUUCCCGCCGGCUCCUCCUCCUCCUCCUCCUCUGGAAGUCUCAAUGAGCGCUCCUACGUCAACGCCUCCUCCACCGCCACCACCUGCCCCUACAGCAGGCGCUCGCCCGCCUACUGCGCCGGCACCGCGCAAAACCGGACGCUGUCGGCAACCUACAUCUGCGGCGACUCGCGCCUGGGGCCCGUCGUGCUGCCCCAGUUCUUUUUGCCGUUGGAUCCCAUCCUCGACAUCUACGACCGCUUCGGCGGACUUUGCCCGGGCGCCUUUCUGGAGAAGUGGUUCAACCAGACGGGCAGCGGGUGGUGGGACUACCCGCCCCAAAACGGCUUCAGUGUGGAUGACGAGGGCAACAUCAUCGCGGCCAACUUGACGCUGCAGACGGGCACGUUUGUGGACCGGUUCGGCAGCGAGUAUGGAAGUUUCCUGGCGCCGGCGGCGGCGCCGUAUCUGCAGAGGAGUUUGCCGCCUAGUAAUUUGAAUGGGGAUGCCAAGUUCCCAUGGAACUACCACGUUUACAGCGUCAUCAAGCCCUUUGCUGUCCUUGCUGGACCCAUCGCCCCGUGGUUCGGCCAGCCUGGUCAGGGCGUUCAGUACCAGACUUAUGAGAACGUCGCGACGCUCAUUGCUGAUGGGUAUCUGAAGGCUGAGGAUCCCCAGAGGCUGGUUCCUAGAAACUACUAAAGUGGGUUGGUGAAGAUGGUGGAAAAGGGGGAUUUGAUUCGUGAAUGAGAAUGUCUUUUGGUUGACAUGCUUAACGUUAUGUAAUGGAUAAUGUCUGGUAGUUAUAUACCCAGGGGGUAAAAUGAAAAGGGGGAUUCUAAAUAAUUAUGAGCUAUU